GCUCUCAGGAAAUGAGAGCCGCGAGCGCAUAAUGGAGGUGGAGCCCUGACCCUGACAUGUCGAAGGCAUGUCGCGGCUGGCGCAGCUGCUGUCUCGCUUCCAGCUUCGGGAGUGCAAUGUCGCAGACUUGCGGAGGGCCUACUUCAGGGAGGCCAAGAAGUUGCACCCGGACUCGAACCCCGGGGACCGAGCUGCGCAGGAGUUCGCACAACUCCGCGCCGACUACGACGAAGCUUUGAAGCUUUUCGAGCAGCGGCAGAUGGCGCCAAAGGCCGCCCCUCCGCGCGAGGAUGUAGGACCAGAGUGGGGCCCCAACCGGCGUUGGUCGGCAUCGUCCUGGGCUGCAAGGUCCCAGGCGAGCCGGCGCCGGGCCUACGACGAGGCCUUCCGGGCCGCCCCGGCUCCGGAGCCGAAGCCCGGAGUGCCGGUGGAGGGCUUGCCGCAGGACGUGGUGUACGCCCUGGCGACGUUUCUGACGGCGAGCCUGGCGAUGCUGGGCGUGUGGAAGUUCUUCACCUCGGACACCGCGUGGCUGCGAGCACGGCACCGCCUGGGCCCAGAGUGGCUACGGGGCUCGGACGUUGACCAUGUGCACAGCUAUGUGGCGCCGGGCAAGCUUCGGAAUGCCCUGGAGGGAGAAGCACCUUCUCAGGCGAAAGCUCCGCACUUUGCCGUGACCUCGAACGGAUCGCCGCUGGCGGCGCACCGGGCGGCGGCCGCGGGGAAGGUCUGGUGGCUGGAGCGCUGCAGCGCGGUGCCAGGCUGCCGUGGCUUGCUGUGCUCCAAAGACGAGCGCGGGGACACCCCGCUGCACUUCUGCGCGCGGGAGGGCAACAGCGAGGCGUGCUGCGCUCUGCUGCGUGCCGGGGUUUCGGUGUGGGUGCCCAACCACUUCGGCCUGGCCCCGGAGCAGUUGGCGCAGCAGCUUGGUCACAAGGAGGUGGUGACAUUGCUCCGCGCCUGGCGCUCCCCAGCGGAAGCGCCCCACCUGGCGAGCGCCCGGCGCCGGGUGCUGCGCCACCCGGACGGACUCGGACACCUGGAGACCCCGGAGGCCACAGAGGACGUCCUCUUUGCCUUUGAGGCUGGUCGGUGCCUUCAGCAAGCGGUCAGCAUGGCCGCCGGCAUUCACCUCGAGCUGCCCUCAAUUUCGGCAUCCGGGCCGACGGAGCUGGCGGUGCUUGACGCGCUGCCGAUCAGCCUGGAGCGCAUCGAGCGCCCGAGGGCCGUGGAAGAGCUUCGGAACUGCCAAGGGCUUUUGGUUCACGAGCCCCGGGCUGCGGUGACUUUGGAUGCCCAGAGCCACUGGCACGCGCUGCGAAGGAGCCAGGGCCGGUGGUGGCGCCUGGACCCCGUGCGCGGCGCCUUCGCCUUGACCGACCUCGAGGCCUCAGAGCUGCUGCUGCGCUACGAUGCCUUCGCCCUGCGACCGAACUGGCAGCGCGGGGUCUUCGCCAACCCGGCACACCUGAUGUAA